AUGUGGUCGAAGUUCUUUCUUGCUAAAUAUGUUCGUCAAAAGCAUAUUUCCAUUGUGGAUCCAUUAAAAGGGUCUAAAUUCUGGAAGAUGCUCCUACAUAAUCUACCAGAAGUGCAGAAAUACUCAAAAUGGAAUGUCAGAGAUGGUAAGUUAUCUUUCUGGCAUGAUAAAUGGUUUUCGGCUGGUCCUCUCUCUAACGCACAUGAAGUUAGAGAACUAUCAGGUUUAUCUUUAACCGAUUGUCAAACUGAAAAUGGUUGGAAGGUGGAGGUUUUUGAUCAGCUGGUAAGGGCGGAAACAACAGAAAAGAUAAUUGCUGAAUUAGGAAGGGUGAAACAGGGGAAAGACAUCCUUAUUUGGCUUCCUAAGGCUCAUGGUAAUUUUUCAACCAAAUCUGCAUGGGAAUGCAUUCGGUUACGUAGUCCAAACUUACCUUGGGCUAAGUGGCUGUGGAAUCCGGCCUUACCAAGGAAAAUGUCAAUUAUCAUGUGGAAAGCUCAACAUAAUUGUCUUCCAGUGGACGAUCGAGUGCGCAGAACAGGAAUUCCGUUGACAUCAAAAUGCGACUGUUGUAGGGAAGGGAGCUAUGAAGACCAGAAUCAUGUUUUGGCAACCGGAGAAUUUGCAGAACAAAUUUGGAGGAUGUGUGCUUCAAAGCUAGAGCUGCCAUGCUUGCAAGGUAAAACAUGGAGAGAAAAGGUGGAGUCCUAG